UGUCAGAUUUAUUUGUGAUGUCGCACUUUUCAACGCCUUUUAUAGUUGUGAAUUUGGGAUGUGAGAUGUUAUAUGUGAUUGACCAAAGACUGAAAGCACAAAAUAUAGGAUCUGAUAAGUCAGAGAGAGUUCUAAUGGAUAUAGCUACGGUUUUGCUCCACCCGAAACUUUUAGAUGAACUAUUUAUACCACAACCAGUGGCCACACAUGUCGUCACCAAACAGUUGUUGCAAGAUAUAUCUGCUACAUCUAUUAUGAAACUGGACGAGUAUUCUAUGACUAAAUUAUGGGACCUAAUGACUAUGAUAUUUAAAUGGCAGCUUUCAGUAGCAACAAAGCAAAAUAUAUUUGACAUUACCCGCCGACACCUAAAAAGUAUUGCCCGGCUACUACCGCACUAUUUUCCCAAAUGUUUCAUCGAACAAACAAUGCGCAGGUUCGAAAAUAUAGAACAACGUUUUACAGAUGCCGAUUAUAAAUGUUUGAGCAAUACCCUAAUACUUUGGUUCUCAGAAUAUCAUACAAAAAUUUCUGUUCUUUUACGAUUGGGAUUACAAAAUAAAGAUGGCACAUUCAGUUUACCUGCCACUAUUAACCCAAACAUUUUACACAAUUUGGGAGAGAAUAUUUAUAAAUAUGAUUCAAAGAAAAAUCCCGUAGAAGAUUUUGAAAGACGUUGCUCAGACACUUCUGAAAUUAGUUGUCUUCUUUCUUCGAUAGAAAAAGAUAUACUUCCAACAAAACAUACAUUCCUAAAGAUACAAUUACCUUUUGAAUUGGGAAAUAAACAAAAUAAAAAACGAACGAUCGAAAUAGAUACACAGUUCGAAAAUAUUGCAACUAAUUUCAAAAACAAUAUUGAAUAUGAUUUAACAUUUAAUCCCAAUUUACCAAAAUCGCCGCAAGAAGAUCUCUUACAAAUGUUAGAUGAAUGUUAAAUAAAAUUAAAUUGACUACCUACCUAAAUAAUAAUUUUUUUGGAAUAAUAAAUGAUAAUAAUAAUAAUAUAUAAAGGCAGUUAACUAUGUAGAAGUGGUUUCACUUUAUGCUUUUUUGCUUGAAUUUAUAUGGCUUAUUUAUAUUUAUAGUCUUUUAUGGACAAUUAAUUUUAAUUUUACUUCCAAUUUCUCGCUCAUGAAUUCUUCAUUUUAAAUUAUUUCUAAAAAUCGUAUACUUGGAAUUAAAGAAAGCCGCCGCUCAUUUUGAUCAUAAUUUUUUUUCAGGCGCCCAUCAAUGUUCAUUCAGGGCGGAGGUAAAGAAUACCUACAAAUAGAAAUAAUUUUACAAGUAAUUUUCCUUUGUUUAAGGUUCAAUCUAUUAUUAUGGCUACACUGAUUUGUUUACAAUUUUAGCUGUCACUCUCAUUGAUAUGGAAAUACAAGUCUGAGGGGGAUCCCCUCUCGGUUUCUCAGAAUCGAAGAAUUUAUACAGAAUUCAAAGGAAGUUUCUAAACGAUAAUCUUUCCGUCUUAGAAUUUUAUAAGCACACAUAAAUUGUUUUGGUUAAAUACACUCGAAACACAUUACCCUCCUUGUCGCAGUCGGGUAGAAAUAGACAUCCUUAUAAUAAAAUUGUAAAAAUUGUAAAUAGCCGGUGUUAUGUAUAUAUACUUGAAAGCUUUUGCUAAAAUAAGACCAACGGAAGCCAAAUAGUGUUUAUUUUUUUAGAAUUUCUGUCUGUGUUUUUACACAUCACGAGAAACGCUCGCUCUGAUUUGAAUGCGGUUUCAUCAAUGGGUCAACUUUAAAACAGGUAAAAACAGGUAGGUAUAAAAUUUUCUCCCCCCACUCCUCUAUCUACGCGCGAAAAUACAGGGGGUCUGCUACAGCUUUUUGGAUUAAGAUUAGUGAGUAGCUACGUU